GCUAACAGGCUUCGCCCUUGUGAGAUGCGCUGGCAACGAGGGGUACCAGUAGAAACGUUUUGCAGUUCUCUAGUGUGUUAGUGAGUGACAGUUGCUUCAGGAACCUUGCCGAGGAUCGUAGUGGGAUAAACCUUAAAGAUCUGGUCCAAGACCCUUCUUUGUUGGGUGGGACUAUAUCUGCAUACAAGAUAGUGCCAGACGAAAUAGAAGAAAUCAAGGCUCUGUGGCCUCGGAAACUGCAUGGCUCCAGAAAUGACAGAGGAGACCACCUCACCAAGCUACCUUCCUCUUACAAGCUGUCUUGACUGUAGAAGAUGCUGAAGCAUUGUUAUUGAUUCCUGUUCUAAUGAGACGCUGAUAGAUUGGUGUGAUGAAAAGGAACUUAAUUUGAUUUUAACAACUGGAGGAACAGGGUUUGCACCACGAGAUGUCACUCCAGAGGCCACUAAAGAAGUAAUAGAGCGAGAAGCUCCAGGGAUGGCCCUGGCAAUGCUGAUGGGAUCCCUUAAUGUUACUCCUCUGGGCAUGCUCUCUAGACCUGUGUGUGGAAUCAGAGGGAAAACUCUCAUAAUUAAUCUGCCAGGCAGCAAGAAAGGGUCACAGGAAUGCUUUCAGUUUAUACUGCCAGCCCUACCUCACGCCAUCGAUCUUUUGCGGGAUGCCAUUGUAAAAGUAAAGGAGGUACACGAUGAGCUUGAAGAUCUACCUUCACCACCACCUCCUCUUUCUCCUCCUCCAACCACCAGCCCUCACAAGCAGACAGAAGACAAAGGGGUACAGUGCGAGGAAGAGGAGGAAGAGAAGAAGGAUAGUGGAGUUGCCUCAACAGAGGACAGUUCUUCUUCACAUAUAACGGCAGCAGCCAUUGCAGCUAAGAAGCAUCCAUCCUACACCAGUUCAGCUGUUAUCAUGGCAAAAGGUGAACAGCCCAUCCCUGGUCUCAUCAGUUCUUGCGAUCGCGCAGCAGGCAGUGCAAGAGAACCGAUUCCAGAUUCCAUCAUCUCUCGUGGUGUUCAGGUGCUCCCACGUGAUACAGCUUCCCUCAGUACUACUCCUUCAGAAUCUCCUCGUGCCCAGGCCACUUCUCGUCUCUCCACUGCAUCCUGCCCAACACCAAAACAAAUUAGACGGCCGGAUGAAAGCAAAGGAGUUGCUAGUAGAGUUGGAUCCCUCAAAGUCCAGUCUAGGUGCAGCAGCAAGGAGAACAUCCUCAGAGCAAGUCACAGUGCUGUUGACAUUACCAAGGUAGCAAGAAGACACCGCAUGUCACCAUUCCCAUUGACAUCUAUGGACAAGGCCUUCAUCACAGUUCUGGAGAUGACCCCAGUGCUUGGAACAGAAAUCAUUAAUUACAGAGAUGGAAUGGGCCGAGUCCUUGCUCAAGAUGUAUAUGCAAAAGAUAAUCUACCACCAUUUCCAGCAUCGGUAAAAGAUGGCUACGCUGUCAGAGCUGCUGAUGGCCCAGGGGAUCGAUUCAUCAUAGGAGAAUCCCAGGCUGGAGAGCAGCCAACUCAGACUGUGAUGCCUGGUCAGGUAAUGCGUGUUACAACUGGUGCUCCAAUUCCAUGUGGUGCUGAUGCGGUGGUACAAGUGGAAGAUACAGAGCUCAUCAGGGAAUCAGAUGAUGGUACUGAAGAGUUAGAGGUUCGAAUCUUGGUGCAGGCUCGACCAGGCCAAGAUAUCAGACCUAUAGGACAUGACAUUAAAAGAGGUGAAUGUGUGCUGGCUAAGGGAACCCACAUGGGUCCAUCUGAGAUUGGUCUCUUAGCAACUGUUGGAGUAACCGAAGUAGAAGUUAACAAGUUUCCAGUGGUUGCAGUCAUGUCAACAGGGAAUGAGCUACUGAAUCCUGAAGAUGACCUCUUGCCAGGAAAGAUUCGGGACAGUAACCGUUCAACUCUCCUAGCUACAAUCCAAGAACACGGCUAUCCAACAAUCAACUUGGGAAUUGUGGGAGAUAACCCAGAUGAUUUACUGAAUGCACUGAAUGAGGGUAUCAGCCGUGCUGAUGUGAUCAUUACAUCAGGAGGUGUAUCUAUGGGGGAAAAGGACUAUCUUAAACAGGUGCUGGAUAUUGAUCUUCACGCACAGAUUCAUUUUGGCAGAGUUUUUAUGAAACCAGGCCUGCCAACAACUUUUGCAACUCUGGAUAUCGACGGCGUAAGAAAAAUAAUCUUUGCACUCCCAGGCAACCCUGUGUCAGCUGUUGUCACCUGCAAUCUCUUUGUUGUUCCCGCACUGAGGAAAAUGCAAGGUAUCCUGGAUCCUCGGCCCACCAUCAUCAAAGCCAGGUUAUCAUGUGAUGUAAAAUUGGACCCCCGCCCAGAAUAUCAUCGGUGCAUACUGACUUGGCAUCACCAAGAACCACUACCUUGGGCACAGAGUACAGGGAAUCAGAUGAGCAGUCGUCUGAUGAGUAUGCGCAGUGCCAAUGGACUGUUGAUGCUACCUCCAAAGACAGAGCAGUAUGUGGAGCUUCACAAGGGGGAGGUGGUGGAUGUCAUGGUCAUUGGAAGGCUAUGAUGUCACCAGCAAGAGCGAAGCUUUUAUGCAUGUCCACAUGUCAUUGACUGUAUCCUGUAAUAUGCAACGGCACAGCUAGUUUUUCUGAUUUGGAUAAAAGUUGAUCAGUAUAGUCAACAUCUUGAAUUAUAUUUCAAAUGGAAUUUAAAUAAAUACCUUUUAAAAAAAAAACUUUAAAACAAAUCUAACAAAGAAAUUUAUUCUGAUUAUAUCAAAGCAACUUUUCCUUUCCUUGCAAUUGCUUUGUGUGUUCAAUGCUAGUUCUGAUAGCGGUAGCUUUUAGUAGACAGCAGUAGGUGCCUGCAGAACUUGUGUUUUUUCUCAUCUUUAAGAUACAACUACUUAUGCUCUUAAAACAAGGCUGUCUGCUUAUUUAUACUAGCGUAAACAACACCUGGAUUUCCCUUAUUAGUAUGCUUCAUAACUGCUUCACAGAGAGCUUCUGCUUGUUCUUUAUCUUGUGUCUCGUGUUGAUGUGCACAGUGCCAAAAGCAGAGUGGCUGCACUGGGAACCCAAUGAAGCCCCGAGGUUUUCUCACCUCGCUGAGCAUUCAGGGAUCGCUCUCGUCCCAGCAGCCACCCAGCUCCGUACUCUUGGGCAGUAACUGGAUACCUUUUAUUUCAACAAACAAAAAAAUUGCUUCCUUAAGUGCUGACAGCCUUUUUAACCAAUACAUUUAAAAAUGUACAGAACUGAAAACUAAAACAAAUCAAAGACUGAUCUUGUACAGAUAUUAGUGUUACCAGCAUUUGUGUGGAAAUUAAAUGAGCAAAGAAAUAAAACUAAUGUUAAACAACUCUGUACCAUAACAUUUUCUGUAAUGAUAUUGAAACUUAAAUGAAUAAAAAAAAUCCUCAAUCAUUAUUUAAAA